CUCCUUUACCAACACUUCCGGAGACUGGGAAAAAAGGAAAAUCACCAUCUAUAAGUAAUUUAAUGGAUACUACCACCGAUAAUAAGCAACCCUCGCGACCGUCGUCCGUGAUACCAGGUAUUUUGGCAUCAUUGGAUUCAAACUCACCCAGCCCUCCCAUAACACAUGUAACGAAGCUCGAAAGCAACUCGCUAAGAUCAAGAAAUGAGCAUAUAGUUGAAGUCAGUUCAGUCUCUGAGACCCCUUCACAUGUCCCCACUCCUCAUUCAUCUAGUCCAGUAUGUGAGGUACCAUCGUCUUCACCGCAUUCGGAACAAUCUUCGAGUGGUUCUGCUUCAGCCAGUGCUCCGCAGCAGUUUUGCUUACGUUGGAACAAUUAUCAGAGCAAUCUAACGAGUGUGUUUGACCAGCUAUUGCAGACAGAAUCGUUUGUAGAUGUAACGCUCGCUUGUGAUGGACAUUCAAUAAAAGCUCAUAAAAUGGUCCUGUCUGCAUGCUCUCCAUACUUUCAAAAUCUAUUCUUCGACACACCAUGUCAGCAUCCAAUUGUUAUUAUGCGAGAUGUUGGAUGGUGCGAACUAAAGGCCAUUGUAGAUUUUAUGUACAAGGGUGAAAUAAAUGUAAGUCAGGAACAAAUUGGCCCACUACUAAGAAUAGCGGAAAUGUUAAAGGUACGAGGAUUGGCUGAUGUAGGAAAUAUAGAGAGUUCUACCUCCGAUGCACGUCCAAAUGAAUUACUCGAGAAACACGAUCCUUCGCCGCAAAAUUUGGUAUCACCAAAAAUUCCCCAACAUUUAUCGCCUAUUACAAGCAGGGAACAGAGCCUUUAUCAAAGUCCCGACAGUGGACGAGCUGACCAAGUACAGAGUUUUUUAUCCUUCACGGAGCCGAACAAGAAACUCCGUUUGGAAAAGUCGGCUUGGGAUAUUAAUAGCAGCAGCAGUGGAAAUCAUCCGAAUAGUUCGAGUAUAGAACUUCGUUUGUCCCCUUUGCCUCAUGGAUCGCUCGUGAGUAGGAAUGUGAGAAAGCGCAGGUGGCCUUCAGCCGAUGCAUUGUUAAACCCACCGUCGAGUCCACUCAGUGGUUUAAUAGCUGCAGAGCGCGCAGAACAAGAGCAAGAGCGAGAACGGCAGAGAGAACACAUACUUAUUACUCCCCCCAUAGCCAUAACCUCUAGUAAUACUAACAGCGCAACACAUUUAACGUCAUCUAGUUUAGCAUCUAAUGUUCAAAUAGAAAUUCCAUCAUCAUCACUAAGUCUGCUUCCGCCAGCCCGUACGCCGUCAGGACUAUUAACGCCAAGCCCACACCUGCAAAUAUCACAGCAUCAAUCACAGCUACAACAACAUCACAGUUCCGGUCAGCAUUCACAGCGAGCGUCCCCUGCCUCAUCUGUCGCUUCUACACAACCAUCAAGUGUUUUAAGUGGGCCCUUGACACCGUCCCCAGCAAAUAUUACCUCCAGUAAUUCGGGCGAGUCCCACCAUCGAUUUUCAAUGGGUUCAGUGCAGGCAGCAGCGAUGGCAGCUGCAGCUGCAGCUGCUCACAUUGAUCUUACCCCAGCAGCAGCGAUGGGAAUUGGCUCGCUUCCUUCCGCAGCAAUGCCGAUUGGCUCAGGCCCAACGCACCAUCCAUCCUCGAUAGCAGAUGACUUAGAAAUCAAACCCGGAAUAGCCGAAAUGAUACGUGAAGAAGAGCGGGCAAAAAUGUUAGAAAGUUCACAUGCUUGGAUGAGUUCCGGAGCUUCUAUUGCAGCAGACAGCUACCAGUAUCAACUGCAGUCGAUGUGGCAAAAAUGCUGGAAUACAAACCAAAGUCUAAUGCAUCACUUGCGUUUUCGCGAGCGAGGUCCAUUAAAGUCGUGGCGUCCCGAAACGAUGGCAGAAGCAAUUUUUAGUGUUUUAAAAGAAGGCCUAUCGCUAUCUCAAGCAGCACGCAAAUACGAUAUACCGUAUCCAACUUUCGUUUUAUACGCGAACCGGGUUCAUAACAUGUUAGGUCCUUCAAUUGACGGCGGCCCUGAUCUCAGGCCGAAAGGAAGAGGGCGUCCCCAACGUAUCCUACUUGGCAUUUGGCCAGAUGAACAUAUUAAAGGAGUUAUUAAAACAGUGGUUUUUCGCGACGCUAAGGAUCUUAAGGAAGAAACCUUUGCACAUCUAUCCUAUGGUCGCCAUUCGCCAGUCUUUUCCUUUCAAGAAAGUACACUAAACUAUGGCGGUCCAAGCGGUCAAUGUGCGAAUGGUAUGCCUGCACCUGCAAGUGAUCAAAUGUCGCAGGAAGCUACGGCAGCAGCUGUAGCGGCUGUUGCUCAUAACUUUCGGCAACAAAUGCAAAUGGCUGCUGCCGCGCAACAUCAGCAACACACUGAAAAUCUUGGAGCUGCAAGUCUAUUUAACCUACCACCGCAUUUGGUAUCUGCCGCAGGACCAGCCGGUGCGGGACCCAUCGUUGGCGCACCGGGUCCUGGUAGUAUUGUUCUACCGAAACCGAGUAUUUCGCCAGCCCUAAGUACCACAUCGAAUUCUGGUGGUGGCAGUGCAGUGGUGGGACCGCGGCACGCUCCCUCGCCAUGUGGACCCACAUUACCGGGGAUGCAUCAGUUGCCUCCAGGGAUGGCUGUCGCUUUGCAUAUGGUCGGUGGCACAGGACGAUGUGAAACCGCAACGAUGCUAAAUCAGCAACAACAUCAACAUCAGCUUCAGCAGUUACAUAUGCAACAACAACAUGCUAUUCACCAACAGCAACAGCAGCAGCAAAAACAUCAUCAGCAAAUGAUUUUCGGUGCAAGUUCCAUUAGUCAUCCAUCUAUUUCCACUGCAACAACUGCAGCGUCAGCUUCCUCGCAGCAUUCAAUUUCUACAGCAAUUAGUGCGUCACAAACUAAAUUUUCUUCCUCUUCGAUAUCUCCAUCUCUAGAACGACAACGUCAAAGUACGCCAGGAAAUACAGCGCUUCGUUCUUCCCUUACGGACCUGGGUCUUGAUUUUGGUUAUAGUAAAAGUACGCAAUCUUUCUCACCAUCCCGUCUAUUUCCCGAUGAUUUAGCCGAUCUGGUGGGUACAUCGCCUUCAUCAUCCACCUCAAAGAAACCAUCAACGUUAGCUGACACAAGUUCGACAAUUACUGUCACAAAAUCGAAUACUCCAUCUGAAAUUUUAACUUCCGUCGCAUGCACAUCAACUACAACUUCUACAACUAGCAAUAAAAGUUCCAGUAAUAGUGUGAAAUUAGAACCGAUAACUACAAGUAGCGAAUAA